CAGUAGUUAGCUCAGGGCUGAUCUUCCUCAAAAAAAAAAAAAGUUAAAAGUCUCUUCUGAGUCUUGAUGUUACAAUGUGGAAUUUUUUUGCAACUUAAAGUAAUUAUAAGAUAAUUAAUAUUAGUGACCUCUAAAUGAAUGUUGCAUAUUUAACUCAUUAUUUUCCAAGUAGCCCCAAAAGAUCUAAAGUGAUCCAAAAGAAUAAUUGUAAAAUAGUCUCAGUGACUUCAAGGUGAAUGUGCAAAUCAAAUCAAAUAAUUAUUUUCCUGAUUUUCUCCCCUCCCUCCCAGAUUUCAGCUAAUCUUAAAGAGUUUGCUGUUGCUUUUACUUUACCUUUCGUAUAGUUUUGAGAUUUUACAAAUCUACAAAGGUCAGAUAUGGCAGUAUAAUGUGUUAUAUGAGUGGCAUUAAUGUUCGUUUGUGUCUGUCUUUAGUUUGAUCUGCCCUGUCUCAGAGGAUGGGUGACGGAGAGAUGGCUGAGGCUGCAGGGCUAGUCUGACCCGGGGACUCGGGUGUCUCAUGGAUCUCUAGAUUUCCUGGUCUCCGGCCCUCCAUAUCAGAUGACAGCAGCUUAACAGUUGUUGAGGUUGUCUUGACACUUUAAGGGAUGAGUAUUUGAAUAAAGACCUGAAUUAUUUUAUUGUUGCUGUAUUGAUACUGCUCAUGUAUAAUCAAAUUAUCUGUAUGAUAUUAUUAAGUUAAAUAUUUGUAAGGGUGAUUUGUCCUAGAAUUUGGAAGCAACAUCUUGAAAAGUUAGGUACGUGUAUGUUAUUAAAAUCAGAUAUAUGAAAUCAAGAUCAAGCUCUUAUUUUUCUAGGAGUGUAUGCUAUUAGUAGAGCAUAGUUGGUGGUAAAGAUUCAGGUGCUCUAAAUUUGUAUGUCUGCCUAAUGUACUUUAUCUGAGAAAUGUCAGCAAGGUGGAAUGGGAUGGAUAUGUAGAAAUAUUCAAGAAAGUUUGGUCAGGCAUAGAAGUUCAACAGGGAAACUAAGGCGUAAGUGAGGGUCGGAGUAGUCCUGGGGAUUUUAAGAUUUUCAGUAUUUACCAUUGGAGAACCAGAGACACUUAAUUGCUUAGCAUUUCAAAGAAAUUUGAUAGAAUAGUUAAGUUUCAGUGAUAUAUGUGGAAAGAGUCCCCUCUGCCUCUACGCUAUAGGAUUGAUAGUUGAACUCCUCACAUUUGAUAAAACUUUGACGUUGAGGUAUCUGUGUUAAGUGGGUAUAAAAACAGUGCUGAGGUCAACACAAUAUGAAAGUUACGUAGGAUUGCCACGACACUUCCACAGGGGUUUCAGUCCUAGAGGGGUCUUAAGGAUGUCACUCCAAUAACAACUCUGAGUCAGAAGUUGCUUUGAAAUAUAUCAGCAUGUUGCAGCUAGUCACGUGAUUACUGCAGUGCAGAGGGUCUCAACCGGGAGGGUGUUUGGGAUGGGGGCAGGGUAUUUUUGGUUGUCAGAGUGAUCCGAGGCACUGCUGGCAUUGAUUGUGCAGCGCAGUGCUAAAUGGCCUUGCCAGAAGGGACAGUCCGCGCAGGGAGGAGUUGCCCAGCCCCAGACGCAGUGGUUCUCUGUUAAGAGACGCUGCCCGAAAGUCUCACUUCUUUUUUUGUAACACUCCUUGUUUUUAGUAUAGUUUACUAAUCUAACUUAAAAAAAAAUCAUUUGAGGAGUCGAUAUGGGAUUUGCAAUACUUUUGAUAUUGUAAAAUAUUUGAAAAAUAUAAUUUGACAAUGUUGUGAGUCAAGAGGGAGAGGGAAAAAAUGAAGGUCUGGUUUUUAGCAGUUAGGGUUAGACGUGACGGGGAGGAGAGCACACACAUACGGGUGGGCAGUGAACUCUUCAUAAAGGUGUUAAGAUCCUUCUUUUCUCUGGAAAAAAUGAUGAGUGCAUUCUUAUUUGGACAAUGAGGGAACAGACAGCCUAGAAAGUCAGAGAGGAUUAUUAAUCAUGUAGCAGUCUCAAUUAUAGUGUAACUUUUUUAUUAAGAAAAAGUUGAGAUUCAUUGAAAUAAAUGAAAGAAUACAACGUUUUAAGUACUUGAAUAUGUUCGUUAUUUGGUAUCAGAUGUCAGCUUAUCUCAGUUGUGCGAAUUGUGCCUGUGAGCUAGCAGUGAUGAGAGGGGAGGAAAAGGAAAGGAGAAAAGCUUUAAAUAAAAAGGGAAACCAAACGAGAAGCAGAUGGAAAGAAGGAGGCAGCAUCUCAGAAAAUGGCAGCUCCAUCCUCCCAUGUCCUUAGGAUAAAAACCCUGGUGUCAUCCCCUACUUCCUUUCCUUCACACCUAACGUCUAAUCUGGCAGCAAAUCUUGAGGGCUCUAUUUAUAAAAUAUAUCCAGGAUCCAUGUACUUCUCACAUCUCUUCUACUCACUGGGCCAAGCCAUCAUCAUCUCUUUCCUAGACUGAUUGGGGCAUUAGCUCUAAGAGGGCUGCGUGCCCCCACUCUACUCCCUACAGUCUCCUUCAAAAUCUAAGUCACAUUAGGUCACUUCUGGCACUUUGAGCCUCCCAGUGGCUUUCCAUCUCUGGGUGGAAAAGCUGUAACCAUUCUGGUGAACAGUGCUUACCUUGGGAAGCCUAUACGUAAUCUGUCUCCCCCCGCUCCACCGUCCCCCCACACCUUUCUGACGUCACCUCCUCCACUUUCUCACUCACUGUGCACCCGUAGCACUGGUAUCCGUGCCUCCCUUCCAGUACCCAGGCAUGCUGCCAUCUGGGAGCUUCUCACGGCAUGUUCCUAAUUCCUUACGCUGCCCCUCCCCGUGCCUUCCUAUCUCACAGCUCCUCCCUGGCUUUUAUACAGAUGGCCCCCUCUCAGUGGGGCCUUCUCUCACCACGCUGUUGGGGUCACAGGCAUAGAGACAGAGACAGAGACGUAAUCCCCAUCUCCCUGUCCUCUGCUGCGUAUUUUCCUCUAAAGCACUUUUGUUAUCUCACGUGCUGCACAUUUUACUUACUUGUUUAUGGUGGGUCUCCUCCCCUAGAGGGCAGGGGUGCUCUGCUCACUGCUUCGAAACAGUGCCGCAUACAUAGUAGGUGCUCGAGUGGAGGCAGGAGUAAAAAGUUGGUGAAAAAUGGUUAAGAAGCAAUAGGAGAAACCAAAAUCAUGAGACUGGCUGACCUAUCAACUUCCUUGAAUCUGUGUCUUGUUAGUUGAGGAUGUCAACUAGUACUUUGUGAAAAUGAACUGAGCUGGUUUGUGCCUGCUGGGCUUAGAAGAAGCUUCGGAGAUGAUAGUUAAGAUGGUGAUACUAGCGGUUCUUGGGAGAAGGAAAAGACAAACCAAAGGAAGUGAUAAAGCAUUGUAGCUCUUUGCUAAGAUGUUGCCUAAAACAUUUGCAUUUUACUGCAGGUCUUUUUGGUCUGUUCUUCAAAGAGAACUCCCUGUGUAAAUCCAUUUAGAAAAGCUUAGUAAGAGAGCAAGUGAAACCUCUGCCGUUUCAUUUGCUCCUGGGGGCCGAAGGUGUCUCACAGGGUCCUCCUAGUGGCACUGUGUGGCAGUCAGUAGGCAUUUACAGUAGAGGGUGUCAGGCAGGCAGCCUUCAGGGGCCACGAACUUCAUCACUGUCUGACACUCAAAUAACACGUUUGUAACUGCAUAACAAUUUCCGUAGAAAAGGGUCGAUUAUGUUCAAUAUAGGAUGUAUACUAAGGAAGGACAUGUUAAAUAUAUAUGAGAGGCAUGCUCAAAUCUGAAAUUUAAAGGAGUGAACUUCAUGGGUUAACCUCCAGUUAUCUGGAAUUGUGUUCACUGAGUAUUUACUUUACUGAGAGUUUAUAAUCAUUUGGCCAGCACUGAGCUCUCUAACAAGAUGCAAGUUAUGGAAUACCUUCCUUGUGCCAAUUAUGAGUAAACAAUAGUUCAGAUGACUAGGUCUUAACUUAAAUAUAGUGCUUUUGAUUGUUAAAGGUGAUCAGGUGAGUGUGGUUAAUUAGCUCAAGGAGAAAAACCCCAAAACGAUCCUUACUAAUGAAUGGGGGUAAAAUGUCACAGCACUGUCUUUGUGCUAGUGGGCAGGCAAUAUAUCUAGUACGAAGGAUGUCAUUACGUUACACAUUCCUUGGUUUAUUAACAAUUAGAACAUAAAAUUACAAUGCGGUCAGAGUCUUGGGGGUCUAGGAAGGAGAGAUUAAUUAUUAUAAGCAAGUCUCUGAAGAAAUAACAUUAUGCUUAAUGGUGUGUGUAUAUAUACAUGCUGAAAACAUUUAGAAUAUUACAAUGGAAGUGCUACUUAAAGUGGCACCAUUUUCACUUAUGAAUGACUUCAAAGGACUCCUAGGAUGUACGUUGCAGAAAUUAUAGAAUUUCUUCAUAGAUUAUUUAGAAACAAGUAUGUCAUAUGUAUUUACAAGAAAUGAUUUUGUCGUCUUCUUGUUUUACUAUACUAUGAAUAAUAUUGAACAAAAAUUUUAAAGGAAUUAUUGUAGUUCUUUCCAAACAGCUUUUAUUAAAACGUUUGCAUUUUACUACAAGAUUUUGUCCUGUUCCUUGAAGAGAACUCCCCCUGGAAAUGUUAGUAAAUCUACCUUUCUACUUUGGGAACUUGAGAAACAAAGUAAUGUAAAGGGGUUUAAUUGUGUUUGUAUUCAACACCGUGUUGAUAGAAAUAAAAGGAUAUUUACAUUGCAUAAUCAGUUUCUCAGCAAAGCUUUGUGUUUCUGACUAUUAACAAAGCUAAUUUAUUUCUUCUUAGGAAUGAUGUAAUUCCAAAGGAAAAAUUUGAUGUUAUUCUAAUGAAUCUGCUUUCAAUUGUAGAGUACAAUGAAGCCCUAGUAAAGAUUAGUAAGAAAUCUAUUUUAUUGUACAUAAUAAAUCUGCAAAGUAAGCUCUCGGCAUAGACCUGAGUUGAUCUGACAUGGAGUUGCUUUCUGAAUAGCCCUUUGAGCAGACUCUGCAGUUCUGUAUGUGGUUUUAAAUCACUGUAAAUUUGUAGGCAGGUGCAUAUUACAAUUGUCUGUUUUUCUUUUUAGGGCUCAUGUAAUCAAAGAAGUUUCUUUGUUGUGUGUAUCUUUUCAGAACACAACAGGAAUUGAAAAUGAAUCAGGUUUUAAUAUCAGAUCUGCAGAGGACUGCCUUUGAUGCCAAAUGCCAAAUAUCAAUGGAAAAGCGUCCUCUUAUGUUUCUAAUGAACGCUCCUGAGCCUGUAGCAGCCGCUGAGACCCUCGCCGAGGUACCUGACCAUGUACUUCGAGGCCUUCCAGAGGAAGUGAGGCUUUUCCCAUCUGCUGUUGACAAGGCUCGGAUCGGUGUCUGGGCCACUAAACCAAUUUUAAAAGGCAAAAAGUUUGGGCCAUUUGUUGGUGAUAAGAAAAAGAGAUCUCAGGUUAAGAAUAAUGUAUACAUGUGGGAGGUAUAUUACCCAAAUUUGGGAUGGAUGUGCAUUGACGCCACCGAUCCAGAGAAGGGGAACUGGCUGCGAUAUGUGAAUUGGGCUUGCUCAGGAGAGGAGCAAAAUUUAUUUCCUCUGGAAAUCAACAGGGCCAUUUACUAUAAAACUUUAAAGCCAAUCGCGCCGGGCGAGGAGCUCCUGGUCUGGUACAAUGGGGAAGACAACCCCGAGAUAGCAGCUGCGAUUGAGGAAGAGCGAGCCAGCGCCCGGAGCAAGCGGAGCUCCCCGAAAAGCAGGAAAGCUACAGUCUCCGCCUGGCAUCCCGGUGCCCUCCACCCGCCGCCCCCUACAUCACCAGGCAGUGUAGGAAUGUCAAGGCCGCGGCUGCAGCCCAGUUCCAGGGACCCCUCUUCAAAGAGUAGACGCUUCGCCUGCUCCCUGACAGCACCUGAAGUGACCUGGAAUCAGUGAAGCCAAAGGGACGAGCCUUCUGCCCUGCAGGGAGGACCGACCUGUCCCAGUCGUACGAGCCUGCGAGAGCGUGUGCGUGUGCGUGCGGCCUUCAGACGGGGUCCGAGCCCCAGGCAGGCAGGAAGGCAGCGGACUCGGCAGGGAUGGCACGUGGGUGCAGCCCCCGGACCACGUCCUGCAGCGCAGCCUUCCUGUUGGGUGGGGCCUCUCCUACUAUGCAAUUUUUCAAGAGCUCCUUGAUCCUGCUUUUUGCUUCUUGAGUUGUCUUCUGCCGUGACGGGGACUUCGGUCUGGCCCAGGGUCGGCCCCAGCCCUGUCCAAGGAAGGCCUUCAGGCGGAGGCCAAGUUCCCCUUCCACGCCCCCACCCCCACCCUCCCUCGCCCCCCCAUCUCUGGGAAUCAAUACGUGUGGGCACGUUGGAGCCUCGCUGACCGGCCCUCUGGCCCCUUCUUUGCCCGAGCCACCUGAGCUGCUGGCUCUCGAGUUCUUUCUAGAUUUGAAAUUCCAGUCAGUCCAUGUGCACCUGGGAGAAGGCCCUAGUCCCAUUGAUAGAUUGGCUCCUCCCGUGAGAGCAGCAGGGAGGGGAUGCGUGUAGGGGCAGAAGGAGGUCUCCCAUGUGCUUUGCCUCACUUGCCGGGACCAUCAACACCGUUAGCGUCUGAGCUUCUCAAUUAGCUGAAAAGGGAAACAAACAAACAAAAAUUGGGCAAUGAAAAAUAAGUUGGAGGAUUGAAAAGCAAGGGGGGAAGAAAGAGAUUUCCAGAGGCCAUCGGUCGCCUGCCAGGGAAUGAGGGCGUCGGGUCCUGCCCUCUGGGGGCACAGCCCACGUCUCGGAGAAACGGGUGAGCUGAGCUAGGCGUCCGACUCAGUUCAGUGAGGGCCUUGGGUUUUGUGCCUUUGGGGCAGACCCCAGACUAGGAUGUCGGAGGCCACUCUGGCGCUGUUUUCUCAGCUCCAUUUCCAAUAGUGAUAGAUUAAGCCCAAAGUGGAACUUUGAAGAGGACCAGUGGUCACACGAAAAAGGGACUUUUUUUCAGGGCUACUACGGUUGGUCUUACAACUCUGUAAAUAUGUACGUAGACACUUUUAAAGGCACGUAUUUAUGUCCCUGACUGUAAAUGCCCCAUUUUUAAAGUUUUAUAACUUGUGUUAUUUAAUUACCCAGUCGACUGGCUGCAGCGUGGGGUCUGGUCGUGGUCCGGGAGCUCCUCACAUGGGCAGAACGAUGCCGCUCGUUGGCCCACGUCGCAGUCUCCCUAUUUCCCACCCAGCUAAAAACCGUUGUUUGUUUGAAAUUUUUGUAAACUGGAAUCCUUUUGCCCACUCCUAAAAUUAGCCCUCACAAGCAUGAAGAACUGUGGCUGUCCCUUACCCUAACGAUAUGAUUUUGUCCCAUAAACGUUGACGCUCACGAACUGUACCCCAGCGUCUCAGUCCUCGAGGGUUUUCCCCUUUUAGCAGCGAGGAAGGCUCACAAACCUAUAGCUUUCAAAGUCACCUUCAGCCAAUGGCAAAUUCUGGAAAAUGUCGUGGGGGACCUGGGGACACUCGUUUCUGGCACGCACAAACGUGCUGGUCAGCCUGCAACACCCUCAGACCAGCAGGAGAGUUGCCACGAGUGUUUCCAUCCUGAAAGGGGAGGGCGGUUCUUAAAGAGUGGUGUUUCCUGGUCAGUGAUGGUUCUCGCGCGUGCAUUUGGAUCACAGAAGAGGAUGGUUCUGUAUCUGCCACGUGAAGAAAAUUAACAAUAAACGUGUGAAGCGCGAUUGUAAGGAACAAGC